AUGCUUGACCACAAGCAUCGUGCUAAGCUGGCGGACUUUGGAACUUCUCGAGUUAUCUCCGUGGACGACACCCACCUGACCACACCUGUGGUCUCAGGUACUCCCGGAUACCUUGACCCGGAGUACCACCAGUCCAGCCAGUACACGGACAGGAGUGACGUCUAUAGUUACGGUGUGGUUCUUGCUGAGCUCCUCACUGGAGAAGAACCUUACAUCCUCCAACCGCCGCCUCAACAUCCCAAGAAAUUAGCAAUAAACUUCCUCCGUGACAUGAAAGAGAAGCCACUUUUGGACAUCAUCGAUCCCCGAAUCAGAGACGACUGCGCUUUGGAUCAGGUCAAGGUUAUGGCCAAGAUUGCGAGGCUGUGUCUGAAUCGUAAAGGGGAGAAACGACCAACCAUGAGCAGUAUUAUAAUGGAGCUGGAGAGGAUUGGUUCCUCGCAUGGAGAUUCACAGGCACACCACAUACUGGAAACUGACGACGACGAAGACGAUGACGAGGAGCAAGCGGUCCAAGUUAGAGAAUCCUUCAACAUUGACGUGGCUUCCACUUCAGCAACCCAACCGGUUAGAGAAUCCUUCAACAUUGACGUGGCUUCAACUUCUAACUCAACCCAUGUUUCCUCGGCAAACAUAUUGAUCGCUCCAGCAUAAGCAAAUAAUUGCAAUACGUUCGAAGUUCAAAAUAAACUCGGUCCUGGUCAGAUGCUCCUCGUUAUAAAAGGUGGUCGACAAAUGGUGAUGAAACUGAAAUUCAAUGAGAAACAAGUAGUUACACCAGGAAUAGGCUAA